GCGGUGCAUGACGUCGGGAAGGUGUGCGUGAGCUGUGCGUGCUCAGGCCGGAGGGGCCUAGGGAAGUGGCAGCGGCGCCUGCUGCAGGCGGUAGAGGACUGCGGCUGUCCCUCGGCCCUUGCCAGGCAGAGCUGCAGAACCCGCUCUUUCAUGGAGGACGAAGACUGCCCCGACCUGGUCCCGAUAGACGCCGGCGGCGAGGGGGAGAUCGAGUCCAGCCGCACCAGGAAGAUCCCCGUGACCAUCAUCACUGGGUAUCUGGGAGCUGGGAAAACAACUCUUCUAAAUUAUAUACUUACAGAACAGCAUGAUAAAAGAAUAGCAGUUAUUCUGAAUGAGUUUGGAGAAGGAAGUGCCUUGGAGAAAUCCCUGGCAGUCAGUCAAGGGGGAGAACUCUAUGAAGAAUGGCUGGAGCUCAGAAAUGGCUGCCUGUGUUGUUCAGUAAAGGACACUGGUGUGAAGGCGAUUGAGAACCUGAUGCAAAGGAGAGGAAAAUUUGACUAUAUAUUGUUAGAGACAACUGGUUUGGCAGAUCCAGGAGCUGUGGCCUCCAUGUUCUGGGUUGAUUCUGAGCUGGGAAGUGAUAUCUAUCUUGAUGGUAUUGUGUCGGUCGUUGAUGCAAAGCAUGGAUUGCAGCACUUGACUGAGGAAAAGCCAGAAGGCCUUGUCAGUGAAGCAUCUCGGCAGGUUGCAUUAGCUGAUCUUAUAAUCAUCAAUAAAACAGAUUUGGUUUCAGAAGAAGAGCUGAAUAAAGUCAGAACAUGUGUCAGGUCAAUAAAUGGACUUGGUAAAAUUCUACAGACACAAAGAUCAAGAGUUGAUCUCUCCAAUGUCUUGGACCUGCAUGCUUUUGACAGUUUAUCUGGAGUAAGUUUGCAGAAAAAGCUGGAGCAUCUUAAGACAGCACAUGCACAUCUAGACAAGGGUAUAAUUACAGUGACAUUUGAAGUUCCAGGAAAUAUAAAAGAAGAAAACUUAAACCUCUUCAUUCAGAAUCUUCUGUGGGAGAAGAAUAUGAAAGAUAAGACUGGGCACACCAUGGACAUCAUAAGACUGAAGGGACUGGUAUCUAUUCAAGGCAAAUCUCAUAAGGUGAUAGUCCAAGGUGUCCACGAGCUCUAUGAUCUAGAAGAGACUGCAGUACCCUGGGAAGAUGGUGAAAAGAAAACAAAUAGACUGGUCCUAAUAGGCAGAAACUUGGAUAAGGAAGCAAUCAAAGAAGUUUUCAUAGCCACUGUCAUGGUUUAAGCCCAGCGAGUAAUUCAGCACCCUGCAACCAUUCGCUCUCCCCCUCUUCUCUCCCCUGCUCCGGGUGGGAUGGGGAGGAGAAUUGAAAGAAUAUAAACCCCACGAUUUGGGAUAAGAACAGAAUCUAAAGUAUAAUACAAAACCACUACUGCUAGUAAAAAUGAUGAGGGAAAUCACAAGGGGAUAAAAUAUAAAACUAAAAAGGGGAAAAAAAAGCAACCAACAGUAAACGCAAGUGAUGCACAAUACAACUGUUUACCAUCCACCAACCAAUACCCAGCUCAACUCCAGCAGCAAUCUGAUCUUCCGAGUGACUCCCCACAGUUUAUAUAUUGGGAAUGAUGUGCUGUGGUAUGACAUGCUGUGAUACCCCUUUGGCUAGUUUAGGUCAGGUCUCAUGUCUCUGCUCCUUCCGGGCUUCUCAUGCCCCUUCUCACUGGCAGAGCAUGGGGGACUGAAAAGUCUCAGGUAAGAUCAGGGUUAAGCAUUACUGAGCAACAGCUAAAACAUCAAUGUGUUAUCAACACUGUUCUCAGAUGAAAACUGAAACUCAGCACUACACCAGCUACUGGAAAGGAGAAAAAUGUUACAGCUGAACCCAGAACUGUCGCAGUGAGAGAGAAACAAGGAAAUGGUUGACAUCAAACUACAAAAAAGAUGAAGUGUGUGUACUUAACCCUGCAAGCUUUUUAUGAUGAAAAGACCGAAUGAAAUGCAAUAUAGGAGUUUCUUUUUCCUCUUUCAGUUUACAUAACAGUUGAAACCUUAAGUCCUUCUAAGAAUCUCAGGUGAUCUGCUGUAGGCCCUCUUAGAGUCUAUGAUCAAACACAAAAAAUUCAGCAUUUUGGAUCUGGCUUAAAAGCUCAUGGAGUCAUAGAAUCACAGAAUACUUGAGUUGGAAGUAACCUUCAAAGGUCAUUAGUUCAAUCCCCAAGUUAUAUCAGUAACAUCAUGUACCUGUGCAGAAAUGCAAAUAGGGAAAAGGUUGUUGACUGUGCUGUGCAUCAAGUGUUACAUAAGAAUAUGGUAAACAUGUUUGAAGCCUAGUGCCUUCUUCCAGCUAACUCUCUUGCUGCUGGAAAUGAAGCAAGAGUGAUUAUUGCAAGUGAUGUAAUCACAGUAAAAAGUGUUUAGUUUACUAUUAAACUGUCUUCCAUCUCUUUUGACUUA